CAACACGUUACUGCUGAUGGUUCUAUUGUACCAACUGAUGAUGAAGGAAAGCCUCUCGGACCUGACGGAGACGUUUUACCAACUGAUGCUUCCGAUAACUACAUCUAUCCAUCUGUGGGACCAGAUGAUGAACUAGAGCAAGCUGAAACAACAUCAGCACCACCAGUCACAGUUGUAGGACCUGAUGGUACCCCACUAGUAACCGAUGCCUCCGGACAACACGUUACUGCUGAUGGUUCAAUUGUACCAACUGAUGAUGAAGGAAAACCACUCGGACCUGAGGGAGACGUUUUACCAACUGAUGCUUCUGGUAACUACAUCUAUCCCUCUGUGAGACCAGAAUCAGUUGUUGAGAACGAUAAAAGUACAAAAUCGUUGGUGGAGUGUAGGGUCAAAGGCUUGAAAUCUGAUAUUGUGAUCGUAGUUGAGAGCGGAGGUUCUGAAAAGUUCCAGAAUGAUUCUUUGAAAAGUAUUGAACAGUUUUUGGAAGUAUUAGAUUUGUCACCUGAUGUCACGAGACUUGGGGUGAUACUAGCUGCUGGAGAAGUUCUCGUUCCGCUACCAUUGGGUGGAUAUCAAGAAAAAGAACAUUUGAAAUCUAUUCUGAUUGAGGCAAACGUUUUCCGAGACGGUUCCGAUUUGCCUUUGCACAUAAUUUCGACUGCCACAAUCCAGCAGUUCAAAACGUUUGUCAGGGCGGACGCACAGAAAAUUGUGAUAUUCCUCACUCCUACCAAUCACAGGUUAGUUGAUACGAACGGACUUCGCUAA